AUGGCGGAGGCUGCUACAGAAAUUGCAAAGACAGUGGGAGAAAAUGCGGAGAAAACAGUGACCGUGGCACCAACUAACUUGGUCAAAGAGACGGAGACCACAGUGACAGUGGCCACUCCUAAAACGGUGGAGGCAACAAACAAGCCGGCGGAAGAAGAGGUGAAGACAAAAGAGACGUCUAGUUUGGUGGGGAAGCUUGAGACAGAAGUAGAGAUCAAAGCUUCCGCGGAGAAGUUCCAUCAUAUGUUCACUGGCAAACCACACCAUGUCUCCAAAGCAACCCCAGGCAACAUUCAGGGAUGUGAUCUGCAUGAAGGCGAUUGGGGACAAGUUGGCUCUAUCAUCUUCUGGAACUACGUUCAUGAUGGGGAGAAAAAGGUGGCAAAGGAGAAGAUCGAGGCGGUGGAGCCGGAGAAGAACCUGAUCACGUUCAGGGUCAUAGAAGGUGAUCUAAUGAAAGAGUACAAGAGCUUUGUGAUCACGAUCCAGGUGACCCCUAAGCAUGGAGGGCCCGGUAGUAUUGUGCACUGGCACCUUGAGUAUGAGAAAAUUAGCGAGGAGAUUGCUCAUCCCGAGACUCUUCUCCAGUUCUGUGUCGAAGUCUCCCAAGAGAUCGAUGAGCAUCUCUUGGCAGAGGAAUAA